AUGGAUUCUCCGCAGGAUCCAGUGACGGAAGAGCUGGGGGAUAGUCCAUGUGAACUGCGACUGCGCAAGGACAAUAUCGAACGCUUGUUCGAGAGCCAAGAUCUGCGCACUCUGGAGGUCGCAGUUGACCGCACGCAGCACCAGCUCGACGAAUUGCAGGAGCUCCAUUCACGUCUUCGUGCCCACCUCGAGCUUGUAUCCUCUCUAGCCGCUCCCAUCAGACGCAUUUCGGAAGACAUCCUCCGUCAAAUCUUGAUAUGCAGAUGGUCUGACACCAAUGAGAGGGACCGGCCACUGUUCACCCUAUGCGUCGCGUCUGUGUGUCGGGCUUGGAGAGAGGCGGUGAUUGACGCGUCCGUGUUGUGGUCGACUAUCCCCGUUGAUAUCGCUCUACCACCUCCGUCCGCCCUCCCCUUGUUCGUGGAGCAUUCGCGCUCGCGGGGGUUGGAAAUUCACAUCAACUACUUGCAUUCUGACAGUGACUCAGAAGAAGACAGCGGUAGCAGUCCUGACCAUGACAAUGUUAUGUCAUCGCGGAUGCAACGCCAAAAUUUGACUGCGGUACUAAAACUUCUUGUCCCUCACCUCACUCGCUGGAAGUCCCUCUCGAUCUCUCUUCCUUUCAUCGAUCUCAAAAAGGAAGUGCUUGCCUCUAUGAGAGGACCUGCCGAUCUCCUAGAAGAACUCGUCAUAUACUCGAGGGGUAAAUCGAACCCCUUGCCAGCCGAUCUUUUUCCCGCUCACUUCAAAGCCCCAAGAUUAACCAUGAUGCUGCUCGAUUCAUGGCAGCUCCCUAAAACUCUGGUUUUCCAGAGUGUUCUUCCUGCUUUGCGAGCACUUAGGCUGACACGUCCCAAGGUGCCGAAUCGAAUGAGUCUGAUGCAAGCAUUGGGGCCUUUGCGUCACCUCCGGUGUCUUGAACUCAUAUGUCCAGAAUUCGAUAAUAUAUCGGCCGUUGAUUACUUUCCGAGAGUCCCCUUGGUGAACCUGAAGAAACUUUUGGUGAUAGCCCUAGAACCCGGAGCAGUGCGUGCACUGCUCUCCUCUUUUUCCGCCCCACGCAUGGCGCGUUUCAACUACAUCCAUCCCAUCUUUGACAACUCCGAGGUCCCCCUUGUCAUGGAACACCCGCAGGCCUUUCCGUCACUGCAUACGAUUCUCAUCGACGCACGAUGUAGUUACCCCCCUUCUAUGGGUGCAGUUUCUCGCUGGACCCAAGAUUUCCAAUGUGCGCAUAUCAAUUUGGUAAAAAACCACGAUCAUAUCAAGGAGUUCGUCGCAUGCGCGCGUAACAUGAAGGACCGGCUGUUCUUUCCAGGGCUAUCGUCUGUGAUCAUCCACAGCGAGAAUCAUGUCACCGUAAAGCUGCUUCGCGAUCUGGUACGAGCUCGCGGUCGAGCUGCCAUUCCUAGUCAUUUGCAAGGUUGCGAUAGCCCGUCAGCAACCCUGAAGGAGCUGGAAGUCUAUACCCGCUGUCGCCUUUGCCCACAAGAUAAUGAAUGGUUUAAGAACAACUUGGAGAGCUUCUCGUGGUCAUUCGUGGAAACGAUCUUAGAUGACACUAUCAUAUUGUCCUUCGCACCUGCAUGA